AUAGGCGUUAAGACAGAGGCGUAUUCUCAGCGUGCUUGUUUUCAUUACGUCAUCGUAAAGCCAAUACCUCAAUCUUGCAUCGGCCUUCAGUUAGUCGAGACGAAUCUCUGAUGGAUGGUAGUUACCGUGUACGUGCUACGCCAAAAUAAGUGUAUAAAAAAAGAAAAUGUUGAAAGCGUGUUGGGAUUGCAUAGCAGGAGACCGGACGCACUCUGAAUCGCCUUACGGUACUCAAUUGACCGGGGAUAUACAUCGCGCACCGCCGUGGCCUCGACCGCGAAACGAAAAAGAAACAAUGUUGUUGUUACCAAAGAGCCUGGACUCUGAAGAUGAAGUAGUUGUGACUGGAAAUUUGGAAGGAGAUGCCAGAACUUUGACUAUUGGCUUAGUAACAGGUAUGAGUGAACCUGAUUAUCAAAAUGUAGCAUGCCAGUUAGAUGUGAAUUUCCCUUCCAACGGUGCAAACAACAUAGCAAUAAAAGUAAUACAAAAUGGCAACCAUGAACUUGUGAAUGAUGGCAAACCAGCUACUGACUACUUUAUUGAAGGUGAAGAAUUCAUAAUAAGAUUCAGAGUCAGAAAUGAAAAUUACAUAAGCAUUUAUGUUGGACCAUCGUUUCUGGAGCAAGUAGAAUUAAAACACAAUGUCAAUGACAUCAGAUUUCUAGCAGUAAAUGGAGAUGUAAAAAUAAAAAGUUUGAAUAUGAAUUUGCAUAAAAUGGUAUUUUCAAGUUUUCAUCUAUAAUUACCUAAUUUGAAAAGGACCUGCUACAUUCAACACAAUAUGUUGGGGAUGUCUUAUAAAUAAAGGAAAUUGUAGGUAGAAAAUAUUCACUACAAUAUAUUUUGUAGAUAUACAGAAUAUUGCAUUUUUAGAAGUAAUGAAAAGAUUUAAGUGUGCUGAAAAUUUAUUUUGUUAAUGAUGUUGCAAUUCCAAUGGUAAGAAAAUAUGUAAAUAUAUAUUUUUUUGUUAUUAUUGUAACAAGUACAUUUGAUAUGUACUUAUUGAUUACUCAAAUGUAAUGUAGAAUAAACCAGUAAAUUGUAAUGAGCAAAAA